AAUUCGAGAAGUUAUGGUUUUAGUAUCAACUUUCGAGUUUACUGCUUCCCUGUGAAGACAAAACUAGCGUUUUACGCAGAAUUGAAGGUAAUUUGUAUGAAACCAAUCACUCCAAUGCCCCAUGCUGGAGGCCUUCACCCUGCAAAAAAAAGCGCCAGAACAGCUGUCUCUAAUUCUUCCAAUUCAGAGACAACGUUUCUCUAAAACUUCGAGACUGUGGUUUAGCAAAGUGCGAUGAAACUACCCAUAGUGUUUACUGAGCUCGUGGAUACAUAUUUUUCAUUCAGAUAAAUUUGAAUCAUCAAAGCUGGCUUUGCAAGCCUGUUUUACAUGUAUGCUCUGGUGCUCUCAUCAGUGGUCCAUUCGAAAAUAAGGAAUAAAGUGACGGAUUAGUGAAAAUGCAACAAAACUAUUUUUUCUUUGGAAUCCAUUUUUUUUCUUAAUGGCGGAUUUUUCUCCCAAAAAGGUUCUAUCAGAAAUAUGCUGCAUCAUCAUUACAAAUGUGUACAUACAUAGUACAGACAUAUCAUAAUUAGAAAUGGUAAAAGGACUCAAUCGAGUACAAGUCAGGGAGUUAUAGGGCAAGUAAUUUCAAAUCAGGUGAGAGCGAUGCACAAGUCCAGUUGAGUAUUAUUGUUUAUGCGAGCUUGCAAAGCAGGCGUAUUUCGCUUCACAGUCCAAGUGAUGAUUCUAUUGUUGUGACCAACGCUCCCUCUCCAUUAUGGAUGUUGAAACUGACAGAGGGAGAGGUUGAUCUACCCCUUCUCCCUUAGUUUUUAAAUUUCUUUCAAGAUGGCAGUUGUGGUAGAUGGAGUGGGCUUUUGUAACGUUUUUUUUUCUGGAAUGAUCUUUGAAUCUUAUUUAAUCUCCUCAAGAGCCAAAACUUUCAAUUGUGGAAUGAGAAGUUUCAGAACUCUCUAAGCUACUACAUUGCACUAUGGUUACUGUCAUUUGCAGUGCUUCAUGGGAACUUGGAUGCGCACUUGAGGGUUGUUUGGAAGACAAUAGUGUUAUGCAACCCUGUUCUAUUUUGAGAUUUAACUGAAAGCAAAUUAUUACUUUUGUCACUGUAAAGUUUGUAACAUAAGGAAACAGCACCCAAUAUCCCACUUUGGGUAAUAAUAAACAUAAGAAUUUCUCAAUAUCCUGGCCUAUCCUCUGGAAGAUGUAUUUUCUCUCAAAUACCCUUCAUUUGCCCCCUAAUCCACACCUUGUCCAAGGGUUGGGGGGAUAGAAGAACAGGGGUUUAUGUCAACCCUUGUUUCGCAUGUAAGCCACUAGAAAAUUGCCAAGAUGCAAUUGCCAUGGUGUACAAUCAAUAAUCAAGAAAGGUUUCUUUUUUGUUGCUUGUUGUCACUGUGUCAUGGUUUCAUCUUCAUCAUUAAUGAUAAAAAUUGAUUUAGUAGAUGGAAGUUUCAUCGCUUUAAUUUGUUACUAAAAUAUACCUUGUUUUUUUUUUUCACAGGAUAGAAUAAAUUUACAACCAUCAGCUAUCACCAUGAUUUGUUCUCAUUAUUGUGAUUUUAAUGAAACCUUAACAAGUCAUACAUCCACGGAUUCUGGCUUGCCAAGAUGCAUUAUGGGCACUGUACCCCCUGUUGUUCUUCUCCUCUUUAUCUUCUUUCUAUUUCUGCUUCAACUGUGGAAAAAAAGAAAGAUCCGUGCCGAAAGCAAUCGACAUACUUUGUUAUCUGAUGAGGAAUCGCCAUCUGUUCAGGAAAUUGUAAGAGAAGAACACAAGACACGUAACUCCGUAUUGAAUUGUAAGCGUCUUGAUGGACAUUGUGACUUUGAAGACACUUCCAUGCAGUUUAUUGCAAACCCCUCUUAUUUAAUCCAUGGAGACAAUCGCACAUCAUUUUUGUUCACAUUUCAACAGUUCUUACACAUCAUCCUUUUGUUUAUUCCUGUUAUUGAUAUCAUAACAAAGGCUACCAUUGCGCCUGACAGAAUACAAGGAUAUGUCAUUGUUAAUGACGCUAGCAUGUUCAUUACUUGGAUGUUAGGAUUUUUUGCUCUGCGUGCGGAGUGUGCACAGUAUUUUAAGGCUCACAUUAGCAGGCAUUCCCUUGGAAUGCUCAUGUUCUGGACUUUGGCAUUUGUCAAGGAGAACUUGUCCUUCAUCUCAUGGCACAAUCCUCACUGGUGGUUUGGCAGGAAUACAAGGAUCCACGAAGCAGAAUUUGGUUUGUUUGUGUCACGCUAUACCAUCAUGGCUCUGAUCUUUCUGUUUGGAAUGUUGGGACCAGGGCUUUAUCGUCCACCCAUAUCACAAGUAUCAGUCACAGAAGAAACAACAUUUCUGGAAGGAUCCGCGGUAGGGAAAAUUCUUUCUGCAUAUUCUCUCUUCAUGCGAGAAACCAAUACAGUAAAAUACCAUGGCAAAUAUUCAACCUAUUGCAAAUAGGUAGUUGAAAGACUGAAGGUGGGUACACAUCAGGGGACAAGUUGCAGCAACAUGUCGCAGCAACAGAUUAUUGCUUCAUGUGUGUACUAGAGAAUUUUUGUGAAAAUGUUUGUCUCUGCAACAGAUUUUUUUCACAGCAACAUGUUGCAAAAACUCAAAUCAGACAUAAUUUGUGUGACUUGUUGCAGUGACAAAAUUCUGUUGCAGAGACAAAGAUUUUCACAAAUUAUUUCUUCAGUACACACGAAGCGAUUUGUCACUGUCACCAUAACAUGUUGCUGCAACUAGUCACUGGACCUGUACACACCGAGUGAUCUGUCUCCGCGACUUGUUGCUGCAACUUGUCGCCUGGUGUGUACUGACCUUUGAGAUCAUUACAUCACAACCAUUAGUAGCCGGGAACCAGCUUUUUUGGCAGGCUACUGCUGUUAAAUCAGCCGGCUAUUUAAAGUUUCUAAAUAAGUCAAACAUUACAAACACUGGAGAAUUUGUAGGAUAAAUGACCGAUUGCUUUUCCUAAGAGACCGGCUAUUUGAAACUUUAAUGACAGCCCUGAGCCAACCUGAGUGUACCAAGUACGGCAUGUCUUGGUUAUUUUAUUGUAAUUUUCAAAAGGUCUGGGAGUAGAGAUACACAGUAUUUUUAUGCUUUUCAACACUCACCAGUUGCUGAUCUUAUUCUUUAAGGCAACUGACCGUCGUGGACAGUCAGCCUUCAAAGAUAUCUGGCACAAAACAAAGAUGUUGUGGCCCUUCUUAUGGCCUGCAGACAGGUAAUAAUAAUAAUAAUGAUAAUAAUAAUAAUAAUAAUAAUACGUUAUACAUAAUAAUAAUACAUCCAUUAAGGUAGUCGAGGAGCUCUCUUAGGAUAAAGACUUAGAGCUUGAAACUGCCAGAAUGUGGAAAAAUGGAAACAGAGACAAUACCAGUUGCUAUUGGGGCGCUUGGGGUCAUUAAGAAGGGACUGGAAAAGUGCGUUGACAGAAUUCAAGGAACAACUGGCAUCAGCGAGGUCCAAAAAAUCACUCUUCUGGGAACAAAUAGUCCACAUCCUCAGAAAGGUCCUGUCAAUCAAGUAAACUCUUUGGUACCCAAGGUCCAUGGUUUGGACUCAGUGCUUCUGAGACUAAACAACCAAGCCAAAAAUUACAAUAAUUCCCUGAUAAUAAUAAUGAUGAUGAUGAUGAUUUACACUUUGUAAAAGCUUAUUUUUCAUUAAUUAACAGCAGAAUAUUGACAUAAAAAUCUCUUAGCCCUUCUUCUCCCUGGGUAAAAAAUAUAUUAUUUAACAAUAAAAUAUCAAUUCAAGAGGCCCUAGUCAUCAAUAAAUAUUAUUGUAACAAAUUACAUAGAGGAUAUUACAUGGUGGCGUGAAGAUAUGACUUUUAUUUUCAAGUGGCAAAACAAUAUUUUACGAACGAGCGCAGCGAGAAGAAGGGCUAAGAGAUUUUUAUGUCAAUAUUCUGCAAACCACACAGUCAAGUCUUUCCCUUGUUUGUUUAUAGGGGCCUUCAAGUAAAGGUGGUUGUAUGCUUUCUUCUCCUGGGAGCAGGACGUGCUGUUAAUGUUCUUGUCCCUUAUAUGUACAAAAUAAUAGGUGAGUUCCAUUAUUACUUUGUCUGAAUGAUUUUAUUCUGGGUAAAGUUUGGUGCCUCGUAUCGUGAGGUUUAUAAAUUUGUUGCGCACGCAGCACUCGCCUCACAUGUUGAUCGCACAGUGAGGCAGAAACUCGAGACGCAAAUAUUUCUUGAGAUCUCAUGGGUGUCCGCAGUUGAUGUCAUCCAGUUGUGACCUCAGGUGACUGUGUGGAGCAGUGGUCAAGGAUCAAUUUUCACUGAUAGCAAAUUCGGAGAGAGCAAGUUCGAAUCCCGGCAAAGCCAUUCUUUUAAAAUUUGGAAUUUUUUUUUAGUUUUUUGAUCACUUUUUUCCCCUUUACUUGUUUCCCUUUAUUAUUCCUGCUGAUCCUUUAAAGCUUCGCAAGGAUUUUGUGGUAAUGUAUUUCCAGUUUAUUUUUAACCCAAUCACCCCUGGAGAUUUUGCCAAAAAACGCCUCUUGAAGCUUUUCGAGUGGUUUUCUGGUCACCGUCGUGCUGUUAAGAGCUAAAACUUACCACAAAGCCGUUUGCAGGUCGUACACUUCGCAGCCUGCUGAUUCAGUUGCAAAAUAUCAGCUUGCAAAGUUUGGGCAUGCACAGAAAGCAAAAUGUGGAGAUAGUUUUGACUUUGACUUUUCGUUUUCUCUCCUCCCCUCUUUUUUCGCUUUUCUUGCCUCAUUUUUUUUUCUUUUGUGGAGCAUUUAGUAGGCUUUAUUUUGGUAGGAAAAGUUUUUAGGAAAACUUUAAGGAUCUUAGGAUUAGGUGAAAGAAAAGGUAGGUGGGUAGUGGAACAAGAUUUUCAUGGCAAUUUUUGGGUCAAUGUUACAUGUUUUUUGCCUUUUUCUCUGGUGUCCUUGACUGAAUUGAGCUCAUUAUGGUAUGGUUUGAAAAAUCUCUUCACUCUGCACACAUUAGUGGACAAAGUUGCCCUUGACCAUUAAAACUGAUGACGUCACAAGCGGUAGAAGGGACGUGGAUCUGCACGGGUGGUUACGGGCAGCUCAGGGGCGAAUGGGUUAAUAAUGUGAAAUUUUGAAUUCAUUUAUGUGGAGCCAGAAAGCAAUAGCCAAGUGUGGAGAUUGAUGAUAACAAACAUGAGAGUAGCAAAUACCACCCCACCCUUGGGUGGGAUGAAUAGGGAUGAAUAGGGAAUCAAAAAAUACAUUAAGAGUAUUAGCUCAACAGGAAACUUUGUAAUAACAUUCUGCUGAAUUGUUAAUUGUGGUGUCACAGUUUAUUGAUGGGACUGUCCGGUAAAGGAGGUGCCCGAUUAAGUUAAUGAGACUUGACCUGAAUUACUUCUGAACGUUUCCUGUUUUCUGUCAUUUCAGUUAACCGCCUUACACCAGGAAGUGUUGCACUCUCUGAUCCCUGGCACCUGAUUCUGAUUUAUGUGGCACUAAGAUUUUUACAGGGUGGUGGCACUGGAGGGAUUGGGUUACUGAACAACAUAAAGGCUUUCCUGUGGAUAAAGAUCCAACAGUUUACCAGUAGAACUCUUCAAGUUCGGCUUUUUGCACAUCUCCACAGGUAUAUGUCUUGUCAUAAAGUUUGAAUGAAAAAACGUACACAGUUUUAGCAUAAUAUUAAUGAAUAAUUUUUGAGCUGGCUCGAGGCUUUCAAACCUAUUUGCCUUUCCUUUUGUUAUUUUGUUGAAAGUUGACUUUACAUUUUUUAAAAGACGAUUUUCCAAAUUUCUGUUUGUCAAGACACUUGGCACUCUGUUGGCAUCUACCAUUUGCGUUUGUUUAAUAAAGGCAUUCCCCCCACAGGAGAGGUCAAGGAACUAUGAACAUUGGGUUAAGGCCAGCUCUUGUCAGGGGAAACAGAAAAAUAACUCUCAAAGAUGAUGAUGAUGAUGAUAAAGUUAUAUAAAAUAUGAUACAUGUAUAUGUAUAUUAUAUGCAUUCAAUAUAGAUGCAUUUUAGCUUUUUGAAAAAGUUUGUAAAUAGCAUGAGUAAUAAUAAUUUAUAGAUGUUGUGGUUCAAAUUUAUUCUUAGUUAAAAUUUAUUUCCUUUUGUUUUUUGGUAUGGUAAUGUAUGAUAAUGAGUUUAAAACAAAGGGAAAUAAAAUUUAAACCAAGGAUAAAAUUGAACCACAACAUAUAUAAGAACCAGAUUUACAAAAAUGAAAUUUGGUAAAAGUAUCUCAAAGUGUUAAUCUUUGUGAGAUUUUCAAUGAUCCAGAUCAGGAUUUAUGAUCCCAGAUGACUCGGGUCAUGUUGCAUCAAAUGUACUGAUGAAUCUGUAUCCAGAUGACAUUUGUGGUAUUUACUUUGAUUUACGACGAUCUGAGUGAUCCUGGAUCAGUAGUGUUGGUCUGGAUCAUUCCAACAGAAUGCACCCUUUGAUUAUCAAGUAUACAUUGAUUUUCUAAGAACUACAACCCCGGACAAAACUGUUGAGACAAUUCCAUUUAUUUUCUAACUUUUGCCCCCUACUGUCGUCUCCUCUAAACAGAAAAAGUAAGCCCCCUCCCCACCCCCUAUUCAAAGUUGUCUUGGUCUAAAAACCAACGUGUAUAACUGCCAUGCUAUCCUAAACAACUUUGGAUAAGGGGAGGGGGGAAAUCCGGCAUUCAUUUGGCGGAGGUUUCAGUUUUUGCCAGGAUGACAGGAAAAAAAAGGCAUUUUCGCGAUUUGUCUCAACAGGUUUUGUCUGGGGUUGUAGCAUUACAAUUUUAUUAUUUCAUUGAAAUUUGGCAAAAACAAAUGCUGCAUCUUGAAGGAUUAAUCUUUGUGAGCUUUUCCUAACCUUAUUGAAGGAUUACUUGCUUUGACUUCAAUAUUUUCAGUCUGUCACUUAGCUGGCAUUUGAAUCGUAAAACUGGAGAAGUGAUUAGGAUGGUGGACAGAGGUGCCAACAGCAUUUACAACCUACUGAAGUAAGUUACUAGCUAUUUUGGCUUCAGUCUUUAAGUCCCAAUAGUGACCAACAGCAAUUUUCUCCUAACAGUGUCCAUACAUUAUCAUGAGAUAAGGUUGUGAGAAUAUAAAAAAUGAUCACCAAAGAGAAAAUGCUUUGAUCUUUUAUCAAAUUCUCUCAACUAAUUGUUAAGGGAGAUGUAUGGAGAUCAGUUUGGAGAAUUUGUAUGUGGAUAUUGGGGCUUAAAGGGUUAAUUCUUCUAGUUUGGUCAAAGUAAGGCUGCUAUAUUUGAAAGUAUGAUAUAUCAGUAAAUAAGGAUUAAUGUUUAAAUUUCUCAAUUAAAUUUGUUGAAUCAAUUUAUUAAUUUAAAAAUUUAAUUUAAGAACAAUCGUAAAUUCAGUGUUCUCACCAGGCUGCGGCCUUGCAGGAUUCCUGUAAGAAAAUCUGAGAUGGCACAUAAAAAGCCAAGAAGAUGUGCCCGUUAGGGCAUAGGGGUGUGCUACGAGUCAAACAGACUUUAGAACAUCUACAGUUAAGUAGUUUUAAUGGUCAACCCAACACCUCAGCAUUUUGCUUGGUCCAAUUAAUAAAAAACAUGAUAUCAAAAGAUUCAAAGUUUAUAAUUUUUCAUUGUUACCACGUACACUGCGAAGAUUGGUGCAUGUGAGCACAUCGUUAUUGAAUCAUAAACACCCCAUCUGCCACAUUGGAUCAGGUAAGGACUUCAAGUAACAGACUCUUUGGAGUGCGGGCUCCCUAAUGUUGUUACAGGGCCCCUAUUUCUCCUCAGAGGGGACCCUGGGACUCCUCAAUGUAAAAUCCUGGUGAGAACACUGUACAUUAUGAUGUCCCUGAUAAUGUCUCUCAAAAGGUGAUGUACUUGGACCAGCUCUACUUUUCAAUUUUAAUAAAUGUGUCUGCCUCAUUCUGGGAUUCUUAGUCUGCCUCAGGGGAUUUAAUAAUAUUGGAAAGUUUCAGGAACAAGUCAACCAAUCAUGUCUAUGGUUUUAAGGGUCUUGGAAAGGCCUUAUUUUUACCGUAGCAGGAAUUUAUUGAUUGAGCAGAGAGAACUUUAUGUUGUUUUCCGAAACGUGCGUGACUGUUCUUUGACUUUUUUGUAUUUUUAGCUACCUUUUGUUUAAUAUUCUCCCUACAUUUGUUGACAUUGGAGUGGCUAUUGUGUAUUUCAUCAUUGCUUUCAAUGGCUGGUUUGGAUUACUUGUCUUCUUAACCAUGUUUCUUUACAUAGGUAAGACUGAUUAGUAUUUGCAGUAUUAAAAAUAAAUGAGUACAAAACUCAAUAUUCCAUUCUAGAGUCAAUCAUUUAACUCCUUUUUCUCAUAUUAAAAUUGUGUAGAUUGUGCAAUUAGAUCAAUGAAUCAAUUAAUGUAAAUGUAACUGUGGAACCCAGAAAACCAUGAACACUGGAAGUAUUUCUGCAAUUGUUAUUGUGUUUCAAGGAGAAAGCCAAUUAAGUGCGAGAAAACUAAGCCCGCAAGCAGCAACAUUGUGGUUUGUGGCUAGCUCAUGUGUCCUGAACAUUGCUGUGAUGGUUGUAACAUAAUAAACAUUCAUGAAAUGUUUUGAUGAUAAAAGAGAAAGAGUCACUUUUUAAAAUUUUACCCUCUUUUUUGUUUCUAAGGGUGUACUAUUCACCAUUUCCACAUAGACCAUAUUGCACCAAGUGUUUACCCACCUCCCCCCCCCAAAAAAAAAAAAUUGCAUAAACAUUGUUUCCAGUUUCUCUUGGCUAUUUCAGUCAUUCCAAGAAAAAUCAAAGGCAAUAGUUAUGCAAAAUUUUGGGGAGUAAACAAGGUGCAUUGUGGUGUAUGUGAAAAUGGUGAAUUGUGUACCAUCUAAAAUGUGAGCUGUUGUACUUAACAGUCUAACUCAUUCACUGCCAGAGUGAAUGAUGAAGUUUCCUGAGGUGGUUUUAUCUUUCAUACCUGUAGUCAAACAUCUACGAUAUGGCCAGAAAAGUAAAAGCACUUCAGCAGUACCUUCACAUGGUGUUAUUUGUUUUUCAACAUUUUACAAAAAUGAAAUUGAGAUGUUUUUUGUCAAACUUGAACUUUGGUUACCUUUGGCAGUGAAAUGGUUAAAAACUCCUCACGAUGCUACAUGUUAAUGCCAUAAUAUAUCAGGGCAUUGUCUUAAAACACUUCAUUUAUUAACUUUAUUGUGUUCUCUCAGCUGCCACUGUGUGGAUCACUGAAUGGCGAACAAAGUACCGGCGGGAGAUGAACGAGAAAGAUAACCGUGCCAAGGCUAAAGCUGUAGAUUCUUUGCUGAACUUUGAAACUGUAAGCCUUCAAGCAAAAAUUUUUUUUUUGCAAGUUGCCUUUUUGUGUUCUACAUCAGCAAAAACUUUGCUAACAUGUUACAUUGUAGGCUUGUGUUUGUGAUUAUAGUGACCAGUAGUUGAUGUUAUUGCUUUUGUGGAGGGUUUUUGGCUUUUAAAAUAUGCCAAAGGGAGCACAGUGCUCUGAAUCUGUCACAUCCAGGCUGCCCAUGAUUUUUAUGAAAAAGUAAGCUUUACUAGUCACCCAAGCACAAAGGUAAGGUACCACGGGCCACCGGGCAUGGCUAGAUCACAGCCCUGACUUUAUCUUUUGAGUCUGUGGAAAAUAGCCUAUGAUGUUACCAUUCAAAUGAAACCUCAUGGGCAGAACUUUGCAUAGUAUUUAAUAUUUAAAUCUUGGAAUCUAACUUUAAGAAAUUUGUACUUUUUCCUUUGGACGGGGGGGGGGGGGGGAAAAUUGUUUCUUUUUCCCAAAAUUGGGGGGGAAGGGGUGGGACUUUUUUUUUUGGGGAAGUUUUUAGUGGGGGGGGGUUUUGAAAGGGGAGAAGUUUAGUAGGAAAAAAGAGGACACACAGAUAAGGGUGGGUGUGCGUUUUUUUUUUUUACCUCCCCUUUCCUUCUCUAUAGUAGUGAAGGUGUGAUGUAGGUAAAAUAUGUUCAUUUGUAAGUUAGAACUUCGAUUAUAGAUCGGAGUAAAAAGGAUUGGCAGUCUUCAUUGAUUUGUUAAGGUUGGUAGUUGGGGAGGUGAGGGGGGAAGGGGGAGGAGGAGAUGGGGUAGAAAUUGGUUACUUUAGUCACAAUUAGGUGUGAAAGGGUUAGGCAUUCUUUUUCAGGUGAAGUAUUACAGUGGAGAGGACUUUGAAGUGGAGAGACUUGAUGAUGCAAUAAAGGACUACCAGGUAAAGAGUUGUGUGUGCCUUUUUACUUUCACAUGCCCUUUCCUUCUUCUUAAUUUCCUCAAUUUUGCCUUUUGAAAGAUUUGAAGACUAGCGGGGCUUGUAAGGUGUAUUCAAUCAGUGUUUAGAGGAGGAGAAGAUGAGAAUCAGCAGUUUAUUAUUGUGUUUUCAGCUUGUCAUGGGCUGUACUCAACUAAAUCUUGACAUUAAAUGAAAUGUAAUGCAGUUAACAACAAGGAGUGCCCUCGCUUAUUGUCGGUCAGCUGUCAGUGCAUUGGCUCAAGCAUGGUCAGCCUUGCUUGCAUCAGCUCCACAUGCUUUGUAUGGCGUUUCUUGGAGACUACUCGCUUUGUUCAUCUUUUGGAUUUACUCCCAUUACUCCCCCCCACCUUUUAUUUUUCCACUGAUAAAUCAGUGUGACAGGUGCCUGGUUCCAUUGGUGUGGGGGCUCAUGGUUGGAAGGCACAAGUUUACCAACCAUGGGGGUGUAACUCUGUCUAUGGGCUGGCUUUGUCAAAAGUGGAAGCCCGUGGUCAUCCCGGACACCCACCUCCAGUAAGCAGAGUUGCAGUUGUUAACACAGGAUUACUUAGUUCGUUUUUUAUAUCAUUGACUUGAAAACAAAAAAUUAAAUUUAGUUUUUAGAUGACAGUACUCAUUGUGAUGAUCCAUAUAGGGCUCUGUAGCAAUUUUUGACGGUGAAAGAAAUGUGCAGUAAGUAAAAAUGCAAAAGGCUAACUUUUAAGUUGAGUACACAAUAAUACUGUGCUUGUUUACCUUAAAUACUAUGACUGCUUUGCACAAUUUGUAAGGUUGGUUCUCAUAUGCCGCUGAUCUACCUGCUGCCUGGGGUAGUGUUGCGAUAUAAGAACAGGAGUCGCCAGCAACUGAGGCCACGACAGUCUUUAUAGCCGGCAUGCCUGUGAUGAUGACUUGUGUUCAACUUCACGGGCAUGCGGGUUUAGACCUUCUAGGUUUCUUGUUACUGGCAGCAUAUGUUCCAAUAUAGCAGAACAGUUUCCAGGCAGUACCAGUUGCCAUGUUGCAACUGUUCAUGUUCACUUUUCUUUCAGAAUUGUGAGUGGGAAACCAUUGCAUCUCUUGCACUGCUGAACACUGCUCAGAACAGUGUAAUUACUGCUGGUCUUUUGGCUGGAACACUCUAUUGUGGCAAGCUAGUUGUUGACGGAAGUCUAGGGGUAAGUACUGGUAAUAAGAUUCCAGCCAUGUGUCAGGGCUCGAAAAAGAAUAGUAAUUAUUUGAAUUGCAGUUUGUCCUUUGGGCAAGAAGCUCUCUCAUUUUACUUUCCGAAGGCCAUUUCUUACUUGUCAUAGUUAAUGAUUUAGUUAAAGGAUAUCUUGCCCUACCCUUCAUGGUUCAUACAAUCCUGAAAAGGUCUUGAAUUUAUAGUAUUUUUCUUGAAAAUUCCUUAAAUUUGGUUAAGGUUUUUGAAAAGUACUUGAUUUCUCUAUAAGGUCUUGAAAAAUCCUUGAAAUUCACUACCUUGUUUAAAAACAUUUUUGUGCAUGAGUAGUAUCUUACUUAUGUUUCUUUAUUUUAACUGCUGUCUUUGUACCUCAGAUGCAAUAUUGCAAGUCAUACCCAGUCAUUUUCCAAAACGUUGUUGCGGAAAUUAGUGUAAAAUAAUGUGAUCAUGAGUGACUCCAUGACGUGUUUUUGCCAAUAAGGUGUUCAAAAGUUGGUUAAAGAAUGCCGAUUUAUUGAAUAAAUCUUAGAGGAGUGUCACAAGUUGUGAUAGUUAUUUGUAAUUUAAACAAGUGGUUAACCUUAACCCAAUGUAGCCAGCCACUUUGCAUCUUAUUUCUGUGAACUAUGGUUGCCCCUCAAAUUUACAGCAGAUUAUGUCUUACUUUCUGCUGUAGCUUUGCACUCUAACCAAUGUUAUUCAGAUCUGUGCUUUUGCUACUAAAUUACUGUAAAUUUUUUAGCCCGACCCUCUCUUCCCAAGUGUAGCUUAUCUUACUGUAUGAGGGAGAUUGCGAGCAAGCUCUCAGGGUGCUCUGGCAGCGGGACCGGAAAAGGAAGGAGAGCUUGGAAUUACGUCUCUGGAAUUUGAAUAGCUGCAUCGAAAAAGUCAAUGCGAAAUGCUGAUUGGCGAAGAUGACAUUAGUAAUGACAUCGUUACCCUUGGCACGUGUUUUUCAAUGUUUGUUUACAUUUGCAAUCGUUUCCGCUUCCCGGGUCAGGUCAGGUCAGUCAACGGGUAGCCACAGGAGAAUUGGAGGUGGAAUUCAAGUUUCAGAGACGUAGUUGCAAACUCUCCAUUCUUUUCCCACCCCAUCACCAGAGCACCCCGGAGAGCUUGCUCACAGGCUAAUCUUUCAGUUCAUUUGAGGGGAAUUCCACAGUGGGGGUCUCUAAAGCCAACUUUGUAACUGAACUAGAAUUUUCUGAGACGUGAUGGUUCUAAAUCCAGACCAAUGGAUAUCUUGUUCCACAGCACCAUGAGUUUUUCUGUGCACUGUUUUUCUGCAGGUUGGAGAUUUUGUUCUGUUUGUGACAUACACCACACAGCUGUACGUACCCCUAAACUACUUUGGAACUUACUACAGGUAAGAGCGUGGGAUGUGUAGAAAAAAAUUGGGAUAAGAGAGAUUUUUCAGAGUCAUUCAUGCAUCAUUUUAGGAUGUAGAGGCUUUUAAAAUGAAUACUAGUGCCAAGGGACUGCUUCAGGCUAUUUGCUAUCUUUUUAAAAGGCUAAAAGUUCUUGUCUUCGCAUCAAUUGAAUUCCAAAAAGAAUGGUCCAGUUUUGUUAUUUAAAACUAUAAUUAGGCAUUGAAACUGUUUCCUGUCGUCUGUUGCUACAGGUGGCAAGGAUGGACAUGGAUUAAAACGCUGUGCUAUUUUUUUCAGGGUUUAAUACUGUGCCUUCGAAAAUAACCCAAAACUACUGUGCUUAAUGCUCUCUGGUGAAAUUUGUUUCAUGGAUAUCUUCCUCUUAACUCUACAGGAGAAUUUUGCAUAUGUGUAAAGGCACUUAUAGUAAUGACUUCAGCUCAAAAUUGACCUAAAACACCAAUAUCCUCAUGACAUACCCCUUUUAGCAUUGUGUUCAAGUCAAGCGGCACGGCGCAUGGAGCUUUAUUACUGGUUGUAUCAAGUCAAGAGAACUGGCUUAACAUUUGUUACUAAGCAUACUUAUUUCUUUCACUUUAUUUUAGGAUGAUUCAACAGUCUUUCAUUGACAUGGAAAACAUGUUUGACUUGUUUCAGCAGAAAAGACAGGUGUGUAGGUGAAAAAUAAUAUCAUAAUGUAAUCAUUUAUAUUGCAGAUAAUUUUCCUACUGGUAAGGUAGGUUUCAGUUUUAUCCCUUGGUCAAUUUUUGACUUUUUUGUAAGGUUAUUUUGUAUGUUAAUGGGUAUGAAAUUAAGAAAAAAGUUGCAAGCAAAGGCCUUUCCUGAAUUAUGUCUAUGUUAGUGAGCCAGCUAUUAUUGACUUCCAAGUAGUGGCCCCUAAUUUUAAACAUUAUUAUUGGAUGAGGUUUUUGUGAUAUCCAGAAUAAUCAAGGUCGAGGUAAGUGUUAUCAGCCAAGCUGAAGCCUGAGAUCUUGAUUAUUUAGGAUAUCACAAAAAACCGAAUCUAAUAAUUGGUUUAUUAUACAUUGUUUUGAAGAAAAUAACAACAGUGUCACAAAGAACUGAACUGAUAUAGCUUUGGAAAUCAUGCAUUGCUCACGCAACCUACAGAUUGGUCUGUUAUCUGCUGGCAGAGAACGAAAGUAAUCAUGAGGUUGUGCUGAUUUCCAAAAUUUAUAGCUGUAGGCUCUUAGCCAAUGCGAAAACAGAUAGUGAGCACAAUGUUUAAUAAAUGACGAAACAUGUACAUACAGUAUGACAAUAUCGAACCAUCUUGAGCGAGCUAUGAGAGAUUUGUCGUAAAGUUGGUGACAAACGAGAAAGAAGGAUUUGCUUCAUUUUUCCUACUGGCAAAGCUAGCUUUAGAAUAAAUACCAUUUUUGGUCAUUUUGUUAUUGUUCCUGUUUGCAAUCUAUAAAUAUUUGCUUUCAGGUGAUAGAUGAGCCCCAUGCUCCAGAUAUCAGAGUCACCAAUGGUCUGAUAGAGUUUCAGCAUGUCAACUUUUCAUAUAACCCGGAGUAAGUUUGUUUGAUUGUCUCUGAAUGAAAAUUUCCAGCUAAAAUUUGUUUGUGAUCUUCCACCCUGCAUGGCAGUGUUGUGAACAAAAGUUGUACCAAGUGGAAAUUUUGACACUGAAAAAUUAAUAUCACGAUAAGUCAAACUCCUUGUACCUUAUUCUCAGUUAAUUUCGCGAGUAUUAAAUUUUGCAGUUUUCUCGAUAUGGGAAAAAUGGCGAAAUUUAAUACCUCCGAAAUCUAAUCCUCGCGGAGAUUAAAAUCCCAUUCAUAUCCAUAAAAGAAAUAUCUUGGACAGAAUAAGGACCUCCGUAUCAUGUGAUGUCUGACAGAACAUUAGAGGAACAAAGUUUAUCAGACGGUAAAUAUUUACUAUCUAACCAUUUGCGGGUACCUAUUUAGCCCAUGCUUUGUUAUAUUUAGCUUGUCUUGUUUGUAAUUGUCUUUGUUUGCUUUUGUUUCAAUAAAAUUAUUUGUUACUGUUUUGAGGUCAAAGUUUCCUUUAAAAUCGCGAAAUUUAAUAUGAUCUAAUUCUACUUUUUCCUAAAAAUCGCCAAAUUGAAUACUCGCGAAAUAUAGCUAACGAUUUUUCGCGAAAUUAAGUGUACAUGUUGUUCGGUUUGUGGUUCAAAUGUAUAACAUUUAUUUUUGUGAAGUAACAUAGUACAGUUAUGUUCUGAAGUGACCGCAGUAGCUAACCUAUCGAGCGUUAUUUUUUCUUUUACUUGGUAAUUGGUUAUUUACUACCGUUCACAGAAAACAGAUUCUAAAAGACGUGUGUUUCACUGUGUAUCCUGGUCAGACUGUGGCACUAGUUGGUCCUUCGGGAAGUGGAAAAAGCACCAUCAUCAGGUUAUUGUACAGAUUCUAUGAUCUGGACUCUGGCGUCAUCUCCAUUGAUGGACAAAACAUAGCAAAGGUAAAUCGGUAACCCUUCUUACUCCUUUUGCUCGUGAUAUAUAGAGAGCUUUAGAUUCGAGGACGUGGAUGGCUACCGAGAUUUUCUCAAUACUAAGUAUUGCUCGCGCGUGAACCAGCGUCAUUUUGGCGGGAAAACGUGAUGGCUCUCGUCAUUCUACUACGAGUUUUAGCGAGAAUGUCGUAGUGGCGAGAGAAAGUUAUCAAAUGUAAGAAGUUGUAAGUUCGGUGAGCAUUCGGAAGUCAGCCAAGCGUGGUCAUUGCACGCGUGCUGAACAAGAAUGCUGUAUAAUGACAGACUAGAAACAAUAGACAACUCCCAAAGCACAAACUCAAAAAAACAUUUUUGUGCAUGAGUAGUAUCUUACUUAUGUUUCUUUAUUUUAACUGCUGUCUUUGUACCUCAGAUGCAAUAUUGCAAGUCAUACCCAGUCAUUUUCCAAAACGUUGUUGCGGAAAUUAGUGUAAAAUAAUGUGAUCAUGAGUGACUCCAUGACGUGUUUUUGCCAAUAAGGUGUUCAAAAGUUGGUUAAAGAAUGCCGAUUUAUUGAAUAAAUCUUAGAGGAGUGUCACAAGUUGUGAUAGUUAUUUGUAAUUUAAACAAGUGGUUAACCUUAACCCAAUGUAGCCAGCCGCUUUGCAUCUUAUUUCUGUGAACUAUGGUUGCCCCUCAAAUUUACAGCAGAUUAUGUCUUACUUUCUGCUGUAGCUUUGCACUCUAACCAAUGUUAUUCAGAUCUGUGCUUUUGCUACUAAAUUACUGUAAAUUUUUUAGCCCGACCCUCUCUUCCCAAGUGUAGCUUAUCUUACUGUAUGAGGGAGAUUGCGAGCAAGCUCUCAGGGUGCUCUGGCAGCGGGACCGGAAAAGGAAGGAGAGCUUGGAAUUACGUCUCUGGAAUUUGAAUAGCUGCAUCGAAAAAGUCAAUGCGAAAUGCUGAUUGGCGAAGAUGACAUUAGUAAUGACAUCGUUACCCUUGGCACGUGUUUUUCAAUGUUUGUUUACAUUUGCAAUCGUUUCCGCUUCCCGGGUCAGGUCAGGUCAGUCAACGGGUAGCCACAGGAGAAUUGGAGGUGGAAUUCAAGUUUCAGAGACGUAGUUGCAAACUCUCCAUUCUUUUCCCACCCCAUCACCAGAGCACCCCGGAGAGCUUGCUCACAGGCUAAUCUUUCAGUUCAUUUGAGGGGAAUUCCACAGUGGGGGUCUCUAAAGCCAACUUUGUAACUGAACUAGAAUUUUCUGAGACGUGAUGGUUCUAAAUCCAGACCAAUGGAUAUCUUGUUCCACAGCACCAUGAGUUUUUCUGUGCACUGUUUUUCUGCAGGUUGGAGAUUUUGUUCUGUUUGUGACAUACACCACACAGCUGUACGUACCCCUAAACUACUUUGGAACUUACUACAGGUAAGAGCGUGGGAUGUGUAGAAAAAAAUUGGGAUAAGAGAGAUUUUUCAGAGUCAUUCAUGCAUCAUUUUAGGAUGUAGAGGCUUUUAAAAUGAAUACUAGUGCCAAGGGACUGCUUCAGGCAAUUUGCUAUCUUUUUAAAAGGCUAAAAGUUCUUGUCUUCGCAUCAAUUGAAUUCCAAAAAGAAUGGUCCAGUUUUGUUAUUUAAAACUAUAAUUAGGCAUUGAAACUGUUUCCUGUCGUCUGUUGCUACAGGUGGCAAGGAUGGACAUGGAUUAAAACGCUGUGCUAUUUUUUUCAGGGUUUAAUACUGUGCCUUCAAAAAUAACCCAAAACUACUGUGCUUAAUGCUCUCUGGUGAAAUUUGUUUCAUGGAUAUCUUCCUCUUAACUCUACAGGAGAAUUUUGCAUAUGUGUAAAGGCACUUAUAGUAAUGACUUCAGCUCAAAAUUGACCUAAAACACCAAUAUCCUCAUGACAUACCCCUUUUAGCAUUGUGUUCAAGUCAAGCGGCACGGCGCAUGGAGCUUUAUUACUGGUUGUAUCAAGUCAAGAGAACUGGCUUAACAUUUGUUACUAAGCAUACUUAUUUCUUUCACUUUAUUUUAGGAUGAUUCAACAGUCUUUCAUUGACAUGGAAAACAUGUUUGACUUGUUUCAGCAGAAAAGACAGGUGUGUAGGUGAAAAAUAAUAUCAUAAUGUAAUCAUUUAUAUUGCAGAUAAUUUUCCUACUGGUAAGGUAGGUUUCAGUUUUAUCCCUUGGUCAAUUUUUGACUUUUUUGUAAGGUUAUUUUGUAUGUUAAUGGGUAUGAAAUUAAGAAAAAAGUUGCAAGCAAAGGCCUUUCCUGAAUUAUGUCUAUGUUAGUGAGCCAGCUAUUAUUGACUUCCAAGUAGUGGCCCCUAAUUUUAAACAUUAUUAUUGGAUGAGGUUUUUGUGAUAUCCAGAAUAAUCAAGGUCGAGGUAAGUGUUAUCAGCCAAGCUGAAGCCUGAGAUCUUGAUUAUUUAGGAUAUCACAAAAAACCGAAUCUAAUAAUUGGUUUAUUAUACAUUGUUUUGAAGAAAAUAACAACAGUGUCACAAAGAACUGAACUGAUAUAGCUUUGGAAAUCAUGCAUUGCUCACGCAACCUACAGAUUGGUCUGUUAUCUGCUGGCAGAGAACGAAAGUAAUCAUGAGGUUGUGCUGAUUUCCAAAAUUUAUAGCUGUAGGCUCUUAGCCAAUGCGAAAACAGAUAGUGAGCACAAUGUUUAAUAAAUGACGAAACAUGUACAUACAGUAUGACAAUAUCGAACCAUCUUGAGCGAGCUAUGAGAGAUUUGUCGUAAAGUUGGUGACAAACGAGAAAGAAGGAUUUGCUUCAUUUUUCCUACUGGCAAAGCUAGCUUUAGAAUAAAUACCAUUUUUGGUCAUUUUGUUAUUGUUCCUGUUUGCAAUCUAUAAAUAUUUGCUUUCAGGUGAUAGAUGAGCCCCAUGCUCCAGAUAUCAGAGUCACCAAUGGUCUGAUAGAGUUUCAGCAUGUCAACUUUUCAUAUAACCCGGAGUAAGUUUGUUUGAUUGUCUCUGAAUGAAAAUUUCCAGCUAAAAUUUGUUUGUGAUCUUCCACCCUGCAUGGCAGUGUUGUGAACAAAAGUUGUACCAAGUGGAAAUUUUGACACUGAAAAAUUAAUAUCACGAUAAGUCAAACUCCUUGUACCUUAUUCUCAGUUAAUUUCGCGAGUAUUAAAUUUUGCAGUUUUCUCGAUAUGGGAAAAAUGGCGAAAUUUAAUACCUCCGAAAUCUAAUCCUCGCGGAGAUUAAAAUCCCAUUCAUAUCCAUAAAAGAAAUAUCUUGGACAGAAUAAGGACCUCCGUAUCAUGUGAUGUCUGACAGAACAUUAGAGGAACAAAGUUUAUCAGACGGUAAAUAUUUACUAUCUAACCAUUUGCGGGUACCUAUUUAGCCCAUGCUUUGUUAUAUUUAGCUUGUCUUGUUUGUAAUUGUCUUUGUUUGCUUUUGUUUCAAUAAAAUUAUUUGUUACUGUUUUGAGGUCAAAGUUUCCUUUAAAAUCGCGAAAUUUAAUAUGAUCUAAUUCUACUUUUUCCUAAAAAUCGCCAAAUUGAAUACUCGCGAAAUAUAGCUAACGAUUUUUCGCGAAAUUAAGUGUACAUGUUGUUCGGUUUGUGGUUCAAAUGUAUAACAUUUAUUUUUGUGAAGUAACAUAGUACAGUUAUGUUCUGAAGUGACCGCAGUAGCUAACCUAUCGAGCGUUAUUUUUUCUUUUACUUGGUAAUUGGUUAUUUACUACCGUUCACAGAAAACAGAUUCUAAAAGACGUGUGUUUCACUGUGUAUCCUGGUCAGACUGUGGCACUAGUUGGUCCUUCGGGAAGUGGAAAAAGCACCAUCAUCAGGUUAUUGUACAGAUUCUAUGAUCUGGACUCUGGCGUCAUCUCCAUUGAUGGACAAAACAUAGCAAAGGUAAAUCGGUAACCCUUCUUACUCCUUUUGCUCGUGAUAUAUAGAGAGCUUUAGAUUCGAGGACGUGGAUGGCUACCGAGAUUUUCUCAAUACUAAGUAUUGCUCGCGCGUGAACCAGCGUCAUUUUGGCGGGAAAACGUGAUGGCUCUCGUCAUUCUACUACGAGUUUUAGCGAGAAUGUCGUAGUGGCGAGAGAAAGUUAUCAAAUGUAAGAAGUUGUAAGUUCGGUGAGCAUUCGGAAGUCAGCCAAGCGUGGUCAUUGCACGCGUGCUGAACAAGAAUGCUGUAUAAUGACAGACUAGAAACAAUAGACAACUCCCAAAGCACAAACUCAGCCAAAACGCUAAAAAUCUUCAAUGUUUACUCAAGUUUGGGCUUAUAGAAGAUAAUGUCACAGUUUUUCAAUGACCAUGAAAUUCAGAGUCCGGGUAGUUAGUUAAUCAAUUGUGGCCCUGAAAAAAUUUGAAGGAAAAAAAACUACGAAUUUUUAAGAAAAUGCUUUUUUCGUGAGAAGGACUCUUAAACGCUGACAAACGUCAACAAAUAGCGAAAACUAUAAUUUCUAUAUGUUUGCUUUGCUCGAAAUCGCGCGCAUUUACAAGGCCCUAAAGCGUUUUGCUGACUUGCAAGGACCCAUCUGUUAUAACGAUGCCCAAAAUAAAGAGAUGAAUCUCAUAGUUUAUUAGAUAUAAUCCGUGUAAAGUUUGCUUAUCAUUUUCGCAUAAAUUAUGACCUAAAUUUGGAAACCGCUGAAUUUCUCGAAUUGGGUCUUUGCGAUUUUGGUGAAACUCUGUUCAGCGCAAGGCACUAAUGCGCACUAUGUGUAGCCGAGAGAUUUUCACGAAAAAAUGCCGGCAACAGCAGAUUUUCGACUCAGACCUCAAAGGGGCGUGGCAUUAUAACCACGUGACAUUUACUCCGAUCGCCAAAAAUUUUAUGUUAUAUUGUAGAUUGAUCUAUAUGUUAUCCAUUCUAUGUGUUAGACUUACGAUAAAAGUAAAGGUGGGGAUACCAGAGAGCUUCAAAGUAGGAUGGUACGCCCCCCCAAAAAACUGGGUCGAGUCACCUUAACGAUUAUUUGCGUUGGACUAGGUUACCCAGAAGUCUCUGCGGAAGACCAUAGGCGUGGUUCCCCAGGACACGGUUCUGUUUAACAACGAUAUAAGGUAAUUUUUUAAAGUCGCGGAGCGAGCGAGCCUCACGCGCUCUACGCGUCUCCCGCCAGUCUUAUUCUUCCUUUUCUCCCUCGCUCGAGACCUUUCGCUCGACCGCUAGUGUGUUCUUGACCUACGCAAGAAUACGGACUGUUUUGCAUACUAACCACGGCCCCUUUAAAGGAACGCCAAUGUAUUUUAUCACCGUCAUGGAGAUUCCAACAUAAAUUGCAGCACAGCUGUUUUUAUAUUUGAUUCAUUCUGCCUUUCAUAACCAGUUUCCUCUACUAACUUUGACUGCAUGUAUAUUAUCAGAAGCGUAUAACCCUGCUUGUGAUGUUAUCCGGCUGAUAUUUCCACUCCGUAAUAUUAAUGGUAGCUGUGGUUAUUCAUGUUAGGUAUAAUAUCCGGUAUGGCAGGAUAGGUGCUGCAGAUAGUGACGUGGAGGAAGCUGCGUCAGCUGCAGACAUGCAUUCUAGAAUUCUGACCUUCCCAAACGGUAAGAACACAUGUUAUAUAGCCAGAAAUGUUUUCCCACAGCGCGCUCUCGUUGGUUACUUCGAGGUCACAUGACAUCUAACAAUGAAACUGUUUCCCGCCAAAAUCUCUGAGUGGGCAACAUUGCAAAAUCUAUGACGUCAGAGGGUAACAGCGCACUGUUACCCGCGAAUGUUGACCGACGACCGCAUUUACAGCGAGGUUUAAUGAAUUUCCAGCUAUAUAACAAGUCUUCUUAAGACCUCUGGAAACAUUGAGAUUCUCGGGAAACAAAAUUAACUGUUUCCCUCGGGAGCAGUCAUAAAGUGUUUAAUGUUUUUCUGCCUUUGCUGUAUUUUUCAAAUUUUAAAAUAACCUUGUCGUAUCUCUCUCUCCUCUGCGGAGGAAAACGUCACUUAAAAAGUGAAUUCGCGCAGCCUCAAACUUUACUGCGCUUAUUCCAUCUCGUUUAAUUCGUCAAAUGUUGCCAAAUUUUUCUGGAGUUGAAUUCUAAAGGACUGUAUCAGAGUGCAAGAAAAGAAAAAGAAAGUUGUUGCCUUGUGUUCCCGUCCUCGACAAAUCGUGAAAUUAGGCACUUUCACGUUGUAGCCGUGCAACGACGGCAAAGAAAUGUACAAAAAAGCGUGAUGCACGUGCAAAGUUGUUGUUUUGCUAAUAUAAACUGCCACUUGGUACAGACCUCCUUGCUCCUCAAUUGAUUUAUUUUUACCUUACGAAUCAUUUCUUGAGAAAUUAGAUUCCCUCGGCCUAGAAUAUUAUCUGCUAGGUGAUUUAAACUGUAACCUGGCCUCUGCACAAUAUGAUUUAAAUACUCGACGCUUAUGUGAAAUUUCUGAUUUAUUUGGGCUUCAACAGCUUAUAACUGAACCUACUCGCAUAACGGAAUCCUCUUCAACAUUAAUUGAUUUAAUUUAUACAAACUAUACUGACAGGGUAGUCUGUUCCGGAGUCUCUCAUAUUGGUAUCAGCGAUCAUAGCCUUAUUUACGUUUAUAGGAAAUUAUCUCUCACUUUUCCUUCAAAAGGGCACUCAACCAUUUCUUAUAGAAAUUUCCAAAAUUUUAAUAGAGAGAGUUUUCGGAACGAUAUCGCCCAGCAAGACUGGUCCUGUAAUGUUUCUGAAGAUCCAAAUGUUUUGUGGACUAACUGGAAAACGAAGUUUUUGGAUAUUGUUAAUAUUCAUGCGCCACUCCGAACUAGACGUACUAGAACAAAUAAAGCACCCUGGAUCAAUUCAGAAUUAAAGAAAGGCAUGCGUGAUCGUGAUGCUGCCAAAAGAAAAGCAAUUACAUCGAAUGAUCCACACGAUUGGAAAAGGUACAAAAAGUUGCGAAAUAUAAUAAACAAUGACAUCAAAAUUUCUAAAGCAUCUUAUUAUUCUAAUGCAUUUAUUCAAUCUAAGGGUAAUCCUCGAAAAACGUGGCAAACCUUUAAUGAGCUUACAUCCCGUCGUGUGAAUAAUACAACGGUGAAGGAACUGAAAUUGAAUGAUACCAUUAUCUCUAAUUCUAGUGAGCUUUCUGAUGCUUUUAAUGACCAUUUUUCAACAAUUGGGCCCAGACUUGCUAAUGAAAUACCUCUAACUGCUGAAAAUAAUUCAAGUUAUAUCAAUAAUAUAAAGGUAAAUAACAACAAUUUCAGCUUCUCCUCGACUAACUGCAGCAUUGUUUUCUCACAUCUAAACAAAUUAUGUAGAUCUAAAGCAACUGGUCUUGAUAAUAUUUCUGCUAAAAUUGUACGUGAAUGUGCUGAUCUUAUUUCAGUUUCACUAUGUGAUCUCUUUAAUAAAUCUUUAGUCUCUGGUAUAUUUCCUGAUGAUUGGAAAUGUGCUAGAGUUACUCCGUUGUUCAAGGAAGGUGAGCCAUCUGAUCUGAAUAAUUAUCGACCUAUUUCAGUCAUUUCCGUUAUAGCUAAAGUGUUUGAAAGGAUUGUUUAUGAUCAGUUGUAUAACUUUUUGACCAAUGAAGAUAUCAUUUCUAAUUAUCAAUCGGGUUUUCGCUCGUUACACUCAACUGCAACUGCCCUUCUGGAAGCUACGGAUAAUUGGGCCUUUAAUAUUGAUCGUGGCAAUGUUAAUGCUGUGGUUUUCCUCGAUUUAAAAAAGGCUUUCGACACCGUUGACCACGAUAUCCUUCUAGCUAAAAUGAACCUUUACGGAAUACAAGGUACAGCUCUUGAUUGGUUUAGGUCGUAUUUAACUAAUCGUACACAACGAUGUCUUGUUAACGGUUCUCUUUCUAGAAUCUGCUCUCUUAAAUGUGGGGUACCGCAAGGAACAAUCCUUGGCCCCCUUUUAUUUCUUAUUUAUAUUAAUGACUUGCCAAACUGCCUUACUUCGUGCCAGCCUAGAAUGUAUGCCGAUGACACCCACAUUACUUAUGCUGGCGUUGAUGUGAAUUCAAUACAGUUAACUCUGAGUCACGAUUUAGAUAACCUAAACAAAUGGCUUAUUUCUAAUAAACUUACUUUGAACACUUCUAAAACUGAAUUCAUGCUAAUUGGCUCCAGACAAAAAUUGAGUACUUUGUCGAACCCACUUGAGCUCUCGAUUAAUAAUGUUCCGAUAGAACACGUUUCCUCUGUCAAAUCGCUUGGAAUAUUUAUUGAUGAAAAUCUACGGUGGCAAACACACAUUGAUAAAUUAUCUAAAAAGGUCGCUUCCGGAAUUGGAGCAAUAAAAAGAAUUAGACCUUUUGUCCCUCCACCUACCCUUCACUAUAUAUACAACUCACUAAUUCAAUCUCAAUUCGAUUAUUGCAAUCUUGUCUGGGGUAAUUGUGGUAAAACAUUAUUUGACAGGCUACAGAAGCUUCAGAACCGUGCCGCUCGCGUUUUAACCUUCUCUAGCUAUGAUGCUGAUGCUAACCGUUUGAUUAGACAACUCGAUUGGAAAGACUUGAACACUCAAUUUCAAAUACAGAAAUCCAUAAUGGUAUACAAGUCUUUAAAUGGCCUUGUUCCUGAAUAUUUAUCAUCUAAGUUUGUUAAACGAAAUGAAACGCGUUACUCCCUGAGGGACUCUGUUAACAAACUAUUUGUCCCAUUUCCGCGAACUAAUUUCAUGAAAAACAGCUUUACUUAUAGCGGAGCAGUUCUCUGGAACAGCCUACCCUGUCAUGUGAGAGAAGCCGAAUCUCUUAGUCAAUUUAAAAGAUUAGUUAAUGUUCAUUUUUAAUGUUAUACACGGCAUUCAUGAAAAACAGGUUUUAGUUAGAUUAGUUGUAGUUAGGUUUUGAAUUUUGUUUAGGAUAGUUAGGUUAUCUUUAAUUUUUAAAUUCCUGAUGGAUUUUACCGUGUUUAAAUAAAGAUUGAUUGAUUGAUUGAUAAACCUAUUGCUCGUUGACGUCGCCGUCGUCGUAGCCUAAGCUCCCUUUUGUGUAGUAGGAAGGAAAAAAGAAACAAGAAAUGUCGUGGCGAAUUAUUGAAAGGGGAAAGAGAUCCCUGCGCGAUUUCUUUUUUUUUUUUUUGCUUUUUUAUUAGGUUACCCAGCGGGAGCCUCUGCGGAGGAGAGAGGCGCCGUAUGGUUGGGAAGUUGGGCGCCUGGGUUGUCGGGAGGGUCCUAUUGUCACCAACAUUGUCUGAAUUUUAGGCUCUUCUAAGUACACCGACACCGAUAUUUGGCAAAUACCUUUUUAAAGGAUUUAUUCGAAAGCACCCAUGGCGUGAUGGAAAUCCGUCAGCUGCUGAGAUGCUUGAAUGCAAAAUAGUCUGCAACGAUCAGCCAUACAAAGCAAGCAUUGCUUAAGAUAACAGCCCUGAAGUCUCAACGGCAACCCCGCACAGAACCUGUCUGCGUUGCCUUGUCUUGUCUUAAGGUUAAACUUGCCCAAACAGCAUUUAGUCCCAUUAAAUAGAAAAUUCUUUAAUGGCAAUGACCCAGACAAGGUUUUAUGAGCCCGCAAGACUGAACACCCUACCUAAACCCUUGUUUUCACUAAAACUGCUGGACGCCAACCUGCUUGAAGUCAUUGCUAUCUAAGGUCUUCCCGUUAAAUAAUGUGAAUUGAGACCUUUAGAUUCUAAGAUGAGAACGACUACGAGUACGAGAUUUUCUCAAUACUAAGUAGUGUGCACACGUGAACCAGCGUCAUUUUGGCGGGAAAACGUGAUAGCUGUGGUCAUUCUACUACGAGUUUUUGCGAGAAUGUCGUAGUGGUGAGAACAAGUUAUUGAAUGUUAGAAGUUUUGUCGCUUUGCGAUCCGAGAGGGCUUAACCUUCUUCAAAAAUGAUAACAGUGCUAACUUUUUGGUGGACAAAACUACUAUAAAGCUUACCGGAGUGCCUAUUUUUUGAGAACACGCAAAAAAAACAUAAAAUCAAAUCUCGUACUCGUAGUCGUUCUCGUCCUUGAAUCUAAAGGUCUCUAAAUUGUGAGCGUGACGGGAAGGAAUGGGGCGCUAAUUUGGAUAAGGUUGCGUAUUUGAGGAAAUACGGUUAUCCGUGUGUGAAUAUUUCUUAUUUCAUCUCUCCUGUUCCAGGAUAUGAAACGAUCGUUGGUGAACGUGGGUUGAAGCUGAGCGGAGGCGAGAAGCAGCGCGUGGCAAUAGCGAGAACUUUGUUGAAGAAUCCGCCGCUUGUUCUCUUAGAUGAGGUAAUGGAUGACUAAGACGACGAGAUUUCACUUAAAUUUUUUGCGUAUUCUAAGAAAGUAGACACCUCGGAAAGCUUAAUUUUACUCUUUUUUGUCACCAGAAGCGUUGGCACGGUUUUUUUUAGUAGUAUUAGUGAACUUACGCAACAGGAGGGGAGAGGAAAAAGAAGGCAAAACCUAGAGUGACAAGCAUGACAGUAAAUUUGGUUGAAAUAACUUUUAGCCAAACUUCACUUUCUUUUUAAAACAGAUCCUUUUUUUUAAAGACCAGAAAACAUUGAUGUUAGUGAAUAUAACGACAAAAUACGCAAGUAAUAACCUUGUCACGUUCGUCACGCACAAGCGAUUUGCGGUCCUCUUCGUCCUGCCGUCCUGUUGCGUUAACUCACUAUUAAUAAAUUCUCAGCCUCUUGGCUACCUUGACAAGGCCCCGGACAAAUUUUCGACCGGCUGAAAAAUGUGAACGGAAUCCUCAUUCACACGGAACUGUUCAACAUUUUCGCUCUGUUCUCACGAACAAUUUAACGGCUCUGACGGCUGGGCGUCUAAAUUUUCGUACGGUCAAGGUGGUUCCGUGUGAACGCAACACUGACCUAAACGUUCGGAUUUUCAACCGUGCGUUGCCGUGUGAACGUAGUCUUAAGGCCGAUUUAGACGGUACGAUUUUUGCUUGCGACUAUCGUGCGCGACUAGCGUACGUCAUGACUUUCGACCAUCUACACAUGUCGUACGGAUGUCGUGGGUCUAAUUUAGACGACAAGAUCUGACGUGAAGUCAUGCGUACGCUAGUCGCACACGAUAGUCGUAAGCAAAAAUCGUACCGUCCAAAUCGGCCUUAAACCGUCCUCGUCUUGGAAUCCAAGUGAACUUUCUGUAAACUGAAAUGGACAUUUUCGGUUCCAUUUAUACCACUAAUCUAAGGAAUUGUGUUUCAUUGAAGGGCCAGGUGACAAUACCUGUUAUUAAUUGAUGCGUGAAGAUAUCAGUGAAAUCGUCUUUCGAUUGUCGUCCUUAGACGUGCCCAAAAUUCUUCCGUAGUUAUCGUUAAGUCUUGGAUUAAUUGAAAGUCUUUGCAUAGGGCGUUUACCAUUAGGCAGAACUGGCGGGCCAGACCAGUUUGAGUCGUUAAGAGACCGUUCAGUCAGAUCCGUCUAUUGCUAAAUAGUAUGCACGGCAUUGAUUGGUUUUGACAAAAACUCUUUAAAAAAAAGCUCACUGAGUUGUUCAAAGUGACCCGUUGAGCCAGCAGGUUCUGAUUUUUCGUAAACACCUUUAGUCUUCAGAAAUUUCAGAAAAAAGGGUGAACUACGUACCCCCGUAUUUAACAUCGACACUGGGUUAGACAUUGAAGGACAGAUUUUUUUUCCGCGUAUCAUAACUCUGUUUUUUCCAUGCGUUUAUUAAGUGACUUAUUGUUGUUUUAUCACUUCAGGCCACUUCUGCCCUGGACACACAAACCGAGCGUAAUAUUCAAGCUUCACUAAACAACAUGUGUAUCAACAGAACUACUAUUGUCGUCGCUCACAGGUAAAUAGAGAAGCAGUGAAGUUUUACUUCGUUCACGUUUGAUUAUUGAUUACAAGUCCUCAGUGCGAUGACACCACUCCUACAAAUCCUAUAUUUAACGUAAUGCCCCGUUUGCUAGUAAAAAGUAUGGGACAGGUCGAAUAAAGGUUAUCUGCCCUGGUGCGGGAAGUGUGUACACGUGCAUAAAAAGCACUGGCAAACACGUGCGAGCAAGCUAUAGGUUUUUAAUUUAUUAAACUCUGACUGCUUGACAAUGUUGUGCGAGAUUUUCAAUCGCAAAGGGUGAUGUGUGAACUCCAAGGAGCCAAUUGCCGGAGAGUCAUUUACAAUCCUCUUUCUGUAACAAUUGUAGGUUAUCCACAAUUAUAAACGCGGAUCAGAUUCUGGUCGUCCACGAUGGCGAAAUAAUUGAACGCGGAAGGUAAGUUGAUUUCGCUUGCACUUGGAACCUGGUAAAUGACUGACUUGUUGACUUUUGAGUAACUGGAUGACUCGUCCACAGUCCUAGAAUAGAAAAGGCGCGGCUUCAUGAUGUUUAUCUUUUUAACGGCAGACACGAUGAGCUGGUGUCAGACGGUGGGGUGUACGCUAACAUGUGGCUGCAACAACAGAAAGCGGAAAUGAAUGAGAAGGAAGGAGGCAUCACAGACAGCGGGGAGGAGUCCAGAGAUGAAUAACGAUUCCGAAGUAAAAAUAAUGAUAGAGUGCAUGAGAGAAUUGAAGAGUUAACAAUAACGAGCACUUCAGGAGAGCUCUACUCAUCGCCAUCCACCUGAGUGAUGCAGCAAAGCUAAAAGUUAGAACUACUUUGCACAGCAUUAUGAACAUUACCACAGGAAAAUACUGCUCAGUAGACAUA